AUGGAUCGGUGGAGACGGGGCUCCGGCGGCUCCUUAGCAGCCGCCGCCGCCACCGCUCCUGCCGCUGCCAGGCUCCCGCUCCAGACUAGGGAGCGCAGCCCCGCUCUUCUUCCCCUCCCUCUCUCCAAGCCAGGCAAGCACGGCUACAGCGGGCGGAGCUCGCGGCCCUCCCCGGCCAAUCCGGGCAGCUCGGCCUUGGGCUACCGCUGGCGCGAGGGAAGGGGAACGUGCAACACCCCCCCCCUUCCACCUCACACACGAGCACCCCCUUCAAGCCCGUCAGGCGCGGCGGCGGCACGGCUCCCUCAGCGACGAACGGAGGUCGCCCCGAUUUCGUGCGAGAACCGAGAGGAGCGUGUCGUCGUCGUCGUCGUCGUUUGGGCGGCGCCUGGCCACCCACAAGGCCAGCAUGUGACCCCGCCUCGGUUUAGCCGUCUGCCGCUGGGAGCUAAGAGGGUGGCCAGUGUGUGGGUCGGAUCCGUCCCCCGGCCAAAGUGGGGCGGGGAGUGGGAUGGGGGGGGGGAGUCGUGCGCUUCGCCCUCCCCUGUGUUGGUGUCUCUGCGCCUCAAAAGGGGAUGGGAGGGGGGUGAACAAGUGUGUGGGGAGUCGGUCGGAAGAGGACGCGGAGGAGCACUCCGCGUCUCUGAAGUUGCUCGCCCCCUCGCGCGAAGAAACUAAAUUAGAUGUACUAUUAGAAACAUGAAGUCAGAAAACCUUGUCAUGAACAUGAAGACACUUUGAAUCCGCAAAUCACAGAGAAGAAUAUACCAUCAAAGUAGUACCUCAAAGAACUUCUUGGUUUCCCUCAGAAAUUAAAUCACUUGCAUAUAUUUCUUUAAUGCCAACUAAGCUAUACAUUUACUUAUUUAUUGUUUAGUGUCUAUCAAAUCGAAGGAUGUGACACUUAAUCUGUGAAUAUUUUUUCUUCUCAAUGUAAGAUUUUGUAACAUGUACCUUGGAGUGUAACUUCCAGAAAAUCCCUAAAAUUUACCUGAAAAUUAAAUAUUUCAAUAUCAUAUAACAGGAGAA